UUCCCUCUCUUUGAUCAAAGAAAACUACAAAAAGAGUGAAACUACAUUUUUUAUACUAAAACAAAAAAAAUAAUAAUUUUGGUCUCCAUCAAAAACAGGUGGAGUGGUGGUGGUGGAGAACCUGUGUGCUUCACCCUCAGCCACCAUUUUUUCCGCCUCCUAAAUCUUUUACAAUGAUCUUUAUCUUCUUCCUCAAGAGAUAAGGUGAUAGAAAAUAUAUACUACUCAUAUAGUAGUUGUUUUUAUUAAAAAAAUAAAGAAUGGUUUAUCAUAUAUAGGUACUUGGAUAGAGGGAGUACAUUCUUGUUUGCAUAUUUUUUUGAAACCCUAUUCUCUCUAGCUCCUCAUUUUUUUUCCUCUUCAGGAAGAAAAAGCUUUUUUUUGCUUAUCUCUUUUUCUUCUUCAUCUACUCUCCUUUUCAUACAUAUAUACUUGGGAUCUGAUCAUUCUUUUUGAGAGGACCAUGAGACAGGUUUUGUGAAAGUCAAUAGUUCGAUUCCCGAGGCAUAUUGGUUCUCUUUUUGUCUGAUUUCAAAAGUUGAAUGAGAGUGAGAGCCAGAAACAAAUUUAUUCUAUCUUUUUACACAGUGACUUUGAAUAUUGAUCUGAAUAUUAUUGAAGCCUUGAAAGAAGCAGAUCCGUGGAACAACUCUACUGGAUCAUUAUCAAAGGUCUUGAUUUUGGCGAUCGACAAAAGACAUGAAUUCAUUUACACAUGUUCCUCCUGGUUUUAGAUUCCACCCCACGGAUGAAGAAUUAGUUGAUUAUUACCUCAGGAAAAAGAUUGCUUCUAAAAGAAUUGACCUUGAUGUCAUUAAGGAAAUUGACCUUUAUAAAAUCGAGCCAUGGGAUCUUCAAGAACUGUGCAAAAUUAUAGGAAGUGAGGAGCAGAAUGAAUGGUACUUCUUUAGUCAUAAAGACAAGAAGUAUCCAACUGGAACUCGAACAAAUAGAGCUACAAAAGCAGGAUUUUGGAAAGCUACUGGAAGAGAUAAGGCUAUUUAUCGUAAGCACCUUUUGAUUGGAAUGAGAAAGACUUUGGUAUUUUACAAAGGUCGAGCACCAAAUGGACAAAAAUCGGAUUGGAUAAUGCAUGAGUACAGACUUGAAACCAAUGAGAAUGGGAAUACUCCUCAGGAAGAAGGAUGGGCAGUGUGUAGAGUAUUCAAGAAAAAAUUAGCGACAACAAUGAGGGGAGAAGGACAUCAUCAACACGAGUCACUAUGUUGGUAUAACGAUGACCAAUUAGUGUCUAAUUUCAUGCCUGAUUUCGACUCUCCACGCCGUAAUUUUCCAAAUCCAUAUAAUCCUCCAGUAUACCAACAUCCAAAUCCUCAUUAUUCCAGCAAUAUUAUGCAGCAGCCACAUAAUGAUGCAUUUCUCCAACUCCCUCAACUAGAGUCUCCAAAAAUCCCUCAAUCCUAUGGAAACAAUAUUAUCAACCAAAUUAUAGCACAGCCCAACUCCUCAAUUUACAAUAACAAUUAUGAUCAAGCAGUGGAUCAAGUGACCGAUUGGCGAGUACUCGAUAAAUUUGUUGCAUCUCAACUUAGUCAACAAGAUGGUUGCAGCAACAUGGACAAUGCUGCUUGCUCCAGUUCCCCAGCUUCUGAACAAAUGAGCCUGAUUCAUCAAAAUGAUACCAAGGGGACAGAAAUGGCUUCAUCAGAUAUUGGCUCAUUAUCUGCUUCGAGCUCACAAGUUGAUCUAUGGAAGUAAUGCUAUAUAUAUAUAUAUAUAUAUGUCUAUGGUAAUCAUGAAAAUAUAUGAUGAUGGGAUUUGAUAUACUUUGCGCUGAUCAGUUUGUAAAUAAUAAAACUCAAAUGAUGAUGUAUUAUUGGUCUAAAAAUCUGUACUGAUCUAUAAGACUUAUUUAAUGGGCAAAAGAAACUAUAGAGAACCUCUAA